UUCUUCGGAGGGGUUGUUGCGACCGUCCGUCCGAAGUAUUUCGCUUGCGAACCUGUCCAUCAGCUGACGGGGUUUUUGGAGUUGUCUAUAACCGGCAAAGAUACGCUAGGGAAUGCACAAUUCAGGCGCGGCUCUUUCCUACUGCCACUGAACCAUCGCUAACUGUAAAUGGCAGAACAGCAAAGAACGAAUUUCAUCAUAGCGAUUCAAAGAUCCGGUGCGGUGUUGGUAAAAUGAUGUAACCAAUGAUGUCUUAUUGUGUAAACGUUUGCAGCGUAUCUUUUCGCAAAACAUAGCAGUAAUGCCUGUUUUGUUUUGACUUCGCCGGGAGAAAUUCUCGAAUCUAUCAAACAUGGGAUUCCUCCAUCAGCUUCAUCUUCUGCUCUGGAAAAAUGUCUCUUUAAAGCGAAGAGGACCGUGGGUGCUGGCGUUUGAGAUCUUCAUACCCCUGGUCCUCUUCUUCAUCUUGCUAGGACUGAGACAGAAGAAGCCAGCCCUGCCUGUGAAGGAAGCCUUCUACAGCGCUGCCCCCCUCACCUCGGCGGGCAUCAUUCCCAUCAUGCAGUCUUUGUGUCCGGAUGGCCAGCGAGACGAGUUUGGCUUCCUGCAGUAUAAAAACUCCACUGUAACUCAGCUGUUGGAGAGGAUCGGGGAAGUGGUGGAGCAGAAUCACUUGUUCAUGUCAGGCAGGCCCAGUCUGGGGGAGGAGCUGGAGUCUCUGCAGCAGCACCUGGAGAGUCUCAGCUCUGCACAGAAUCCUCUAGAGAGCAGCUACAACAUGACCCAUGUCUUCACUGUGGGCAGCCUCCUGCGUAACCAGUCGCUGUUUCAGCAGUUCCUCGUCCAAAACCUAUCCCUGACCAAUGACAUGGCUCAACUGCUUCUCUCAACCCCUGUCAACCUGAAAGAGGUAUAUAACCUCAUGUUUGGCACAUAUCCUAAAGCAGGGAUAGAAGGUGGAAUUUGGCCAGAGGGUCAGUAUGAUGCUCAUAGCCCUGGAGAGAAAGUCUUACAGCUGGAGGAGCGUCUGCUUGGUGGCUGGUGCAGUCUAGAGGGGGGGCUGUUACAGAAGGCUCUGAGAGACCCCGACAAAGCUGCAGACCGGCAGGCCCUGCUCCACCUGCUCUCCCAGGCCCUGGGCCUUACAGGUGGAGGAAGCCCCUCACAGAAAUACGACUCCGAGGGACUGCGGGAGAUGGAGAACGUUCUACUUACUGGUGGAGUGCUGGAGGCGCUUACUUGUGGGGAAGAAGGGAACGGCGAGCUGGAUAAGAUCCUUCUGGUCCCUGAGAAGCAGCAGUCAAUGUUGAGGGCUUAUCAAGCCGCUGUGUGUGGAGGAGCAGCAGGACAGAGGGCGGAGCGUUUUGGAGAGCUCAGUCAGGAACUGAGGGAUCAGAUCGACACAGAGAGAAUCACCGAAAUGCUACGACUGGAGCAGGCCAACAUGUCAGGUCUGCCUGUCCAGUCCCACCUGGGCGCCCUGCUGAAGGACCUGGCCGAGGUGGAGCGGCUGCUCAGGGACGUGGACCUGCUCUCCGGUUUGGCCAAGCUGCUGCCCAAAGGCGCAUGUGCAGGCCACCAGGUCUCACCUGCACAAAGCAAUGUCACCUGGAGCUCCAACAGCACCACCUGGGGCCCCAACGUUACUGAGGGCCCUGCAGAGGGAGGCGGAGAGCAGGCUGCCGGGAAGGAGAAUGAAGCCGAAAAUCCUCGCUCUCAGUUCUCUGCGUUUGUCCAGCUCUGGGCAGGACUGCAGCCCAUCCUGUGUGGAAAUAACAGGAUUAUUGAGCCAGAAGCUCUGAAGCAGGGCAACAUGAGCUCCCUCGGCUUCACCAGCAAAGAGCAGCGUAAUUUGGGGCUUCUUGUCCACCUCAUGACUACAAAUCCCAAAAUCCUGUACUCUCCCAUUGGCUCCCAGGUGGACAAGGUCAUUCAGAAGGCCAACGAGACGUUUGCGUUCAUGGGGAACGUAACCCAUUAUGCGCGAGUGUGGCUCAACAUCUCUGCUGAGCUAAGGACUUUCCUUGAGGAGGGCAAACUGCACAAUCACUUAGCAUGGUUACAGCAGUUCAUCUCCGACCUGCGGAGGCACCCAGAGCUGCUCAACGCCUCGGACAGUGAGCUGGUGGAAAGUCUAUUGCAAGAGAACUUCACCCUGCCCAACACCAGCAGCCUGCUGGAGCAGCUCGACACUAUCGACAAUGCGGCCUGCGGCUGGACCCAGUUCAUGUCCAAGGUUAGUGUGGACGUUUUCAAGGGAUUCUCUGAUGAGGAGUGCAUCGUAAAUUACACCCUGAACCAGGCGUACCAGGACAAUGUCUCCGUCUUUGCCAGUGUCAUUUUUCAGACCAAUAAAGAUGGCUCACUGCCUCCCCAUGUUCAGUAUAAGAUCAGGCAGAAUUCCAGCUUCACUGAGAAGACCAAUGAGAUCCGCAGGGCCUACUGGCGCCCUGGGCCCAACACUGGCGGAAAGUUCUACUUCCUGUAUGGAUUCGUAUGGAUCCAAGAUAUGAUGGAGAGAGCAAUCAUCAACACGUUUGUCGGACACGAUGUGGUGGAACCGGGGAAUUACGUCCAAAUGUUCCCGUACCCCUGCUACACAAGAGACGACUUCCUGUUUGUGAUCGAGCACAUGAUGCCUCUGUGUAUGGUGAUCUCCUGGGUUUACUCGGUGGCAAUGAUGAUCCAGCACAUAGUGGCUGAGAAGGAGCAUCGGCUGAAAGAGGUGAUGAAGAUGAUGGGCUUGAACAACGCUGUGCACUGGGUAGCCUGGUUCAUCACAGGCUUUGUGCAGCUCUCCAUAUCGGUCACCGCGCUGACAGCCAUCCUGAAAUAUGGCCGUGUGCUUCUUCACAGCGACCCCUUCAUUAUCUGGCUCUUCCUCACCAUCUAUGCUGUUGCCACCAUCAUGUUCUGCUUCCUGGUGUCUGUGAUGUACUCCAAAGCCAAGCUGGCCUCAGCAUGUGGGGGGAUCAUCUAUUUCCUGAGCUAUGUUCCUUACAUGUACGUGGCCAUCAGAGAGGAGGUAGCCCAUGACAAGAUUACGGCCUUCGAGAAGUGUAUCGCGUCGCUGAUGUCCACCACUGCAUUUGGCCUGGGUUCCAAGUACUUUGCGUUGUAUGAGGUGGCCGGUGUGGGCAUCCAGUGGCGCACCAUCAACCAGUCCCCGGUAGAGGGUGAUGACUUCAACCUCCUGCUCUCCAUGGUCAUGCUGAUCAUCGACGCCACUGUUUACGGAGUGCUGACUUGGUACAUAGAGGCUGUUCAUCCAGGGAUGUAUGGGUUGCCCCGCCCAUGGUACUUUCCCCUGCAGAAAUCUUAUUGGCUGGGCAGUGGGCGCAUCGAGACGUGGGAGUGGCCAUGGGGGAGCAGUGCCAGGCUAAGUGUAAUGGAGGAGGAUCAGGCAUGCGCCAUGGAACACAGACGCUUAGAGGAAAGCCGUGGGAUAGAAGAGGAGCCCAGUCACCUACCUCUGGUGGUGUGCAUAGACAAGCUCACCAAAGUGUACAAGACAGGCAGCAAACUGGCCCUGAACAAGCUGAGCCUGAACCUGCAUGAGAACCAGGUUGUCUCCUUUCUGGGUCACAACGGAGCCGGCAAGACCACCACCAUGUCUAUCCUCACAGGGCUCUUCCCGCCCACCUCGGGCUCGGCCACCAUCUACGGGCACGACAUCCGCACAGAGAUGGAGCGCAUCAGGCAGAACCUGGGCAUGUGCCCCCAGCACAACGUGCUCUUUGACAAGCUGAGCGUGGAGGAGCACCUGUGGUUCUACUCGCGCCUGAAAGGCAUGGCUGAAGAGGACAUCUGCAAAGAGAUGGACAAGAUGAUUGAGGAUCUGGAGUUGUCCAAUAAGCGCCACAGUCUGGUUCAGACACUCUCAGGCGGGAUGAAGAGAAAGCUGUCGGUGGCCAUCGCGUUUGUGGGCGGCUCCCGGGCGGUGAUUCUGGACGAACCCACCGCUGGAGUGGAUCCAUAUGCCCGACGGGCCAUCUGGGACCUCAUCCUCAAAUACAAACAGGGUCGAACCAUCCUUCUCUCCACUCACCACAUGGAUGAGGCUGAUCUCCUAGGUGACCGCAUCGCCAUUAUCUCCCAUGGGAAGCUCAAGUGCUGUGGUUCUCCGCUCUUCCUCAAGAGCACCUACGGAGAUGGCUAUAAGCUCACACUUGUGAAGAAGCAGAGUGAUUCCAACCCUGCCGACCAGUUGAGUGCACUGCCUUGUUCGUCCCUGUCCCUGUGCUCUGAGAGCAGAGUGACCCAGUUUAUCCGACAGUACGUAGCUUCCUGCCUGCUGGUUUCUGAUUCCAACACAGAGUUAUCCUACAUCCUGCCAUCAGAAGCAGUUAAGAAAGGCUGCUUUGAGAGACUUUUUCAGGCCUUGGAGCAGAGCUUGGACAACUUGGCUCUCACCAGCUUUGGAGUGAUGGACACCACGCUGGAGGAGGUCUUCCUUAAAGUGUCGGAGGAAGACCUGUCCCUGGAGAACAGCGAUGCGGAUAUAAAAAGUUCCCCUGGCGGGAGGUCUGCAGGGAAACCCUCAACUCUACUAGCUGCUCCGCAGUGUGACGGGGUUUCUGCUGGUGCCGUGACCCGGCCGGAGGUGGAAAUGAGUAACCUGGUGAUGUACUCCAGACGAAGCCCCAGCCAGGCCUCACUGCACUCUGACUCCUCGGUGGGCUCCGUGCGGGGUGAUGAAGGUGGACCUUACUCUGACUUCUAUGGAGAAUACUACCCCCUGUUCAACAACAACCAGGAUGCAGACUCCGCCAGCCUCACAGAUGGCGAGCCGUGCCUGCCCGAGCCGAUGGCGCUGGAGGGCCAGGGCAGCUUCAAGCUGGAGGGUUGUUGGCUGCGUCUGCGGCAGUUCCAUGGCCUCAUCGUCAAGAGGUUCCACUGUGCCAAGAGGAACACCAAGGGCCUCUUCUCCCAGAUCCUCCUGCCUGCCUUCUUCGUCUGCGUGGCCAUGACUGUGGCGCUCUCUGUGCCUGAGAUAGGUGACCUGCCCCCCCUCAUCCUCUCACCGUCUCAGUACCAUAACUACACGCAGCCGAGAGGAAACUUCAUCCCUUAUGCUAACGAGGACCGACCGCAGUACAGGAGCAAACUGUCACCAGAUGCCAGCCCGUCGAGGGUCACCAACACCCUGCGCUUUCCCUCGGGUGUGGGGGCCACCUGCGUGUUGAAAACACCCUUCAACAGCACCCUGGACCAACUCGCCCAGACCUUCAACCCCUACGCCCAAAAUGCCAAGACGCUGGCUGCCCGAUACUUUGACCCCAUGUGUCAGGACUCCUUCACGCAGGGUGUGCCCCUGUCUAACUUCGUGCCCCCCCCGCCCUCACCUGCUCCCUCCGAUGACCCCGAGCCACACUUCGAGGACGGGCUCUGGAACUACACAGUGGCCCCUCCAACUACCAUCCAUGAGAUGGUGACGUCUCCCCCCACGCUGCCCCUGUCCAUCCACGAGCCGGUGCGCUGUGUCUGUUCCAUGCAGGGCACGGGCUUCUCCUGCCCCAGCGGGGUCGGUGGGCGGCCCCCGCUCACGAAGGUGGUCACCGGGGACAUCCUGGUGGACGUUACUGGGCGCAACGUGUCCGAGUAUCUCCUCUACACCUCUGACCGCCUGAGACUACACAGAUACGGAGGCAUCACCGUCGGAAACAUCCAGAAAUCUGUCCCAGCGUCCUUCGGGAGGAAGACGCCACUUAUGGUGCGCAAAAUAGCAGUGCGGCGGGCAGCCCAGGUGCUGUACAAUAACAAAGGGUACCACAGCAUGCCCACUUAUCUAAAUGUGCUCAACAAUGCCAUCCUGCGGGCCAACCUGCCUCUGAGCAAAGGCAACCCUGCCGCUUAUGGCAUCACAGUGACCAAUCAUCCCAUGAACAGGACCAGUGCCAGCCUUUCUCUGGACUAUCUGCUCCAGGGCACUGAUGUGGUUAUCGCCAUUUUCAUCAUCGUGGCGAUGUCCUUCGUGCCAGCCAGCUUCGUGGUCUUUCUGGUUGCUGAGAAGUCUACAAAGGCCAAGCACCUGCAGUUUGUCAGUGGGUGCGACCCCAUCAUCUACUGGCUGGCUAAUUACAUAUGGGACAUGCUCAAUUACCUGGUUCCCGCCACAUGCUGCGUUCUCAUUCUCUUCGUGUUUGACCUUCCUGCAUACACGUCCCCCAAAAACUUCCCAGCCGUGCUCUCUCUCUUCCUGCUCUAUGGCUGGUCUAUAACUCCCAUCAUGUAUCCAGCCUCUUUCUGGUUCGAGGUGCCCAGUACUGCUUAUGUUUUCCUCAUCGUCAUUAACCUCUUCAUAGGAAUCACGGCUACCGUGGCAACGUUCCUCCUCCAGCUUUUCGAACAUGACAAGGAUCUGAAGCUCGUGAAUAGCUACCUGAAGUCCUGUUUCCUCAUCUUUCCUAAUUACAACCUAGGUCACGGGCUGAUGGAGAUGGCCUACAAUGAAUACAUUAACGAGUACUAUGCUAAGAUAGGUCAGUUUGAUAAGGUGAAGUCUCCAUUUGAAUGGGACAUCGUGACCCGCGGGCUGGUGGCCAUGACCGUAGAGGGCUUUGUCGGCUUUCUCAUCACCAUUCUCUGCCAGUAUAACUUCCUCAGGAAACCUCAGAGAGUGCCGGUGAACAGCCAGCCCGUUGAGGAUGACGAUGUUGAUGUAGCUCGUGAAAGGCGAAGAGUGCUCAGAGGAGACGCCAACAGUGAUAUGCUGAAGAUUGAAAACCUCACCAAGGUGUAUAAAUCUCGUAAGAUGGGCCGUAUCUUGGCGGUGGACCGCUUGUGUCUGGGGGUCCGCCCUGGGGAGUGUUUUGGCCUGUUGGGGGUCAAUGGGGCGGGAAAGACAACUACCUUCAAAAUGCUGAGUGGAGAUGAGAGCACGACAGGAGGGGAGGCCUUCAUCGGGGGGCACAGUAUCCUGAAGGAGCUCUUGCGUGUGCAGCAGAGUAUUGGCUACUGUCCUCAAUUUGACGCUCUAUUUGAGGACCUCACGGCACGAGAGCACCUCAAGCUGUACACACGCCUUCGGGGCAUACCGUGGAAGGACGAGGAGCGGGUGGUUCAGUGGGCACUGGAGAAGCUUGAGCUCUCCAAGUACGCCGACAAGCCUGCCGGAACCUACAGUGGCGGGAACAAGCGCAAGCUCUCCACGGCCAUUGCUCUCAUCGGAUACCCCUCUCUCAUUUUCCUGGACGAGCCCACCACAGGCAUGGAUCCCAAGGCCCGCCGCUUCCUGUGGAACCUUAUCCUUGACAUCAUCAAGACAGGGCGAUCGGUAGUGUUGACGUCACACAGUAUGGAAGAGUGCGAAGCCUUGUGCACCAGGCUCGGAAUCAUGGUGAACGGCAGGUUCAAGUGUCUGGGCAGCAUCCAGCACCUGAAGAACAGGUUUGGCGACGGUUACAUGAUCACAGUGCGCACCAAGACCACUGCAAGUGUGAAGGAAGUGAUCCGAUUCUUCAGCAGGAACUUCCCAGAGGCUGUCCUGAAGGAGAGACACCACACCAAGAUCCAGUACCAGCUGAAGUCAGAGCGCAUUUCUCUGGCUCAAGUCUUCAGCAAGAUGGAGCAGGUGGUGGAGGUGCUGAGCAUUGAGGAUUACUCCGUCAGCCAGACGACCCUGGACAACGUUUUUGUGAACUUUGCCAAAAAACAAAGUGACAACCUGGAGCAGCAGGACAGCUCACCCUCUAGUGGUCGUCAGUCGCCACUGCAGCGUCUGCUGAGCAUUCUACGGCCCCGACCAGCUAAUACAGAACUGAAUGCUCUUGUCAGUGAGGAGCCGGAGGAGCUGGAGAGCGAUGAUGACGAGGGACUCAUCAGCUUUGAGGAGGAGAGGGUGCAGUUAUCUUUUAACACAGAUACUCUCUGCUGAAGCAUUGACAGAGAGGGAGAGAUGUGAAAAACAAAGCUUCAACUAAAGACUUCAGUCUGACCACAGAAACACAUGCCUAAGCAGAUCUGUGGAAAGACUCCAUCUGCCCAGCCUUAGACAGACGCGUGCCAUUUCUCCGUGUGCACUGUAAAAGUGGGCCGAGUGUACAGCCCUGAUCAACACCAUCAGUGCACAGAGGCUGUCUCAGUGGGAGGCAGGAAAGGAGUGCGCAUAUGAACUCCAAUGUGAACAGUUCCAGAAGAGAAGAAAUGUGUCAUGGACAAAAUGAGACAUGAAGACAGCCCUGGUUAUAGACAAAUGUCUAUAGGAGAGAACAAAUAUCCAUUGGAGAUGAUAUUUUGUUGAACUGUUAACUCAUUUCAAACGUACGCUGGACGAAUGAAAAAUAAUGCAUUUGUUGAAUGGUCACUUAGUCAGACUGAGUUUUUUUUUUUUGCUUUGUUUGUUUUAGGUAAAAGGACUCAAAGAUCCUGAAAUUAAUUAUGUUCAUGCUGUUUUGAACUAGUGCUUGAUGUCAUAGGAUGUCAUGGGAUAACAUACCAUCCACCAUAAAAUAUGACCAUUUUGGGUUUCAAGUUUGUAUCCUGUUAUUUUUAUGACUGGUUCUAUUUGUCUUUCAGUUAAGACAUUGAUGUAGCUACAUCUUUUUGUAAAGUUGGACCUAAUCUUUGUUAAUAUGUUGAACCUGCCUUGAGAGCAUGCUAUAGAGUCAAGCCUGUGGUAUGUCCUAUAUUUUCCGUCUGUGGGUUGAAGAAUGAUUUAUUUUUGCCUAAUGAAAUGUUUUUGUAUACAUGUGAUUUGUUGGAAUUGUUCAAGAAUGCCGACAUACAAAUGCACCUUUAUUGGAGCCAAGUGUAGAUGUACUGAAACACUAACUUGAGAUUAAUUCUAUGGCCUUUAGCUGAAUUGGUCAGAAGCAGCCCUGAUACUAAGGAUAUGUUUAAGAUGACUACCUAUUGAAUGUAGAUGGCAUGAAAAUACUUUGCACAUAUUGGUGCCUCCUAAACCCUGGGUUUCUUAUGUAUCUGACGAAUGGAACACUUUCUAUACCGAACACUUUCAUUUUGAUGUUCUUUGUUUAAAUUUUGUUUAUUGGCUAAGACAGUUGAGGCAAAGAUGUAAACCUGUGUUAUCAUCACUUUUAGUUACGUUGUGGAAAAAAUGGAGAACUGCGUCAUGGCAGAUUGAGAUGUCAAUAUACAGUAUAUGUUCAACACAACUGUUUCGCUAGCACUGUGAUGCCAAAGGUGAACUUUUUGAUGCAACUGGUAUUAAAAACAGAUUGAUUUCAGGAGCUUUUCUUGAGCUUAAAGGUUUGUCCUGCAUUUUGUUUGGAAGCCCAUAUCGGAUAUGUUUUGGAUUUUUUUUUGUUGUUCUUUGUUUUUUUAAUCUGUAUUUCAUUUUCGUUAAUGUGGACAGUAAUGUGUCCUAAAAAAUUCAAUGUUUUAAUGUUUUUCCCCCCCAGUUCUUUAAAAGAACUUUUAAGUGACGUCCAUAUGUGUCCAUGUUUUGUGUCUGAUGCAGGUUCUACACUGUACAGAACCAUGUGAUCUAUUAAUGUAUCAGUGGUCUUAAACUGUUCUGUGUUUGGCUCAGGCAGUGGUUUAUCUUAACAAUGGCUUGUGUUUAUUUUAAUGAUGGCUUGAUUUUAGCUUAAUGAUGACUUGUGUUUAUCUUAACGAUGGCUUGUGAAAACCAGUUAAUGUCCUCUAUUUGAUGUCCUCUAGGUUGGAAACAUGAAGGAAAAAAGUCUGCUAGACUUGUAUAUGGAUGACUUGAGCAACUUUGUUUUAGUUUUCAUCUAAACUGACCAAAGGGAAAAUUAUUCAUGUUUAUAGAUGUAUGAAUUGAAACACUGCUUUGCUAUUCUCUGAAUAUUUUGUGAAUAAGAGUCAAAUGUUCAACUCCACUGAUUAAUCAUCCUUCAGUAAUAAACUAAUUCAUAUGGUUACAGUCAAAGACACCAGCAAACAGAAUUUAAUUCCAUGUUAAACUGUAAUGAAUCAAUUUGCAAAAUGGGUUAACACUGGAUUUAGUUUUUAUUUGGAAACAAAUGAUUUUUUCAAUAAUACUAAAAUACAAAGGUGUGGAUGUAGUUAUUUGUUAUUGGAGUUUUUCAUCCAAUUCAAUUUAAUUCCCUUGUAUAACAGACCUACUUCACUUUUCAGAUUCAUUUCAUCUAUUUUGUUUCUGUACUCGUGAUGGAUUGUUUGGAUGUUUUUCAUAUAAACUGGAAAUAAACUAAAUUGUUGAA